AAACAUCAAUUCCAUCACAUCUCUGGUUGUUUUCAUCAAUUUGUUUACUCUGGAUAUUUAAUUUAUUACUUUCGUUGCACUCGCAUUUAAUUUCAUCCAAAACUUUGCAAUGUUGUGCAUACUUUGUUGUAAAUAUGGGGACAGCUGUUUAAAAAUAUUUAACGAAAUUGAACUUAAAUUGGGAAUUGCUGACAUAAUUGGGAGGCACUUUUGGUUCAAGCCAAUUCCGGAGGAGAACAUAUCGGCAGUGAUUUGCUCCGCAUGUUGGUCAAAAGUAGACGAUUUUCAUCAAUUUUAUUUGUCAGUGGAAGAAGCGCAUAACACCCUCAAUAGUAAAGUGAAAAAUGAGCCUUUUGCUGAAAUCGAUUUCAAUGAAUUGCAUGAUCCCGAUCUAAGUCCAAAAAAAGAACUGACAGAAAAAACAUGUCCAUUGCCUGAUAAAUCGAUGGACCACUCAAACGGAAUCCUGAACAAAUUUUGUGAGCUAGAGAUGCCCUGUUCCAUAUGUAGCGAAGAUACAAAUGCUAGGAGUGAUUCGAUCAACCCAAUUUGUGAGAUGGCCGAUAAUGACGAACUAAACGAAGAAACUUAUAACAAAAGUGAUGGAUCAAGAGAAGGAAAAGCCACCACGCCAAAAAAAAUUGAAAGAACAUUAAGAAGUGGCACGUUAUGUAGGAAAAAUGAAAUCUCUUUAAAAGUAACACAUAAGAAAGAUGAUAAUACUAAAAAGUUAAAGAAACGGUCUGGCGUAAAAUCGGUAUUGGAAGACGAUGCUUUGGUGAAAAAAUAUAUUCCCAUGAUGUGUGAAUUGUGUCCUUUUAUCAGUGAAGACUAUUUGUCUGUGACCAAACAUUUUCGAACAGAUCACCCAAAUGUUAAACCCUACAUUAGGUGCUGCAAUAGAAAACUUGUUCGUCGCCAAGAUAUUGUGCAUCAUGCCUACAGGCAUGAUAAUCCGGAAUUCUUUAAGUGCAAAGAGUGUCAAAAAGUAUUUACCGAAAAGGCAACAUUAUCUCGUCACAUGAUAGAAGCGCAUACACCAGAAGAAGAACUUAAUUUCCAUUGUGAUCGAUGUCCCAAAAGAUUCGCCCUACGAAAAAAAUUGGAAAUUCAUAAAAACUCACAUGUACCCAUGGCGGAACGUACUUUCAUAUGUAAUCAAUGCCCUAAUAGUCGUUUUGCCAGUAAUGCACUUUUGAAAAUUCACAUAUGUAUGCGUCAUCGACAUGAACCUAAUAUUUGUCAUGUGUGUGCUAAGGUCAUACGUGAUAAAGCUUCAUUCGAGAAACAUGUACGAGCUCAUCUCGACGAAGGCGCUCCAAAAAUAAAAUGCACGGUAGAUGAUUGUGACCAUUGGUUCAAGCAUGAUCAUUAUCUUCGGCGCCACAUUAGAAGAAUGCAUACUAAUGAGGAAAAAGCGAUAUCUUGCGAGAUAUGUGGUGGAGUAUAUAAAAACAAGUGUUCGCUGGCAAAACAUAAACGGCGAGUUCACUCAAAUGUGGUAUACACUUGUGAGGUUUGCAAAAAAACAUUCAAGCGCGCUAUUUACUUAAAGGAGCAUAUGGCCCAACAUACUGGUGAAAUACUCUACAAUUGUCAAUUUUGCACUCGCACUUUUAAUUCCAAUGCCAACAUGCAUGCGCAUAAGAAGAAAAUGCAUCCAGUCGAAUGGGAUAAUUGGAGGAAAACAAAUAACGGUUGCACAAAAUAGUGACCACUAAGACAGCAUAAAUUUCAAACUAUUUUGAUUCACUAAUAUAUUAUUUUGUUUUAUUUAUUUUAGUAAUAAGAUUUAUUUAUUUAUUGUUACAUAAAAUUUUAUACUUAAAUGAACGUGCAUCAUGUGAAAUAAUAACUGUCGCGCCGGUUUUAAAUCAA